AUUUUAUUUUUUGUUAACGGUUUAUUCGUGAAUGAGUUUACAUUGCCGUGCAUAUAUUUACAAUUUGAGACAGGUCUAUUUUAAUAAUAAACAAAACUAAACAAAUAUUCAACAGAAUGACUGAUACAACAUUGGAAAAUACAACACCAGAUGCCAUUGUAGCUUCAUUAACUACAGCUGUUUUAACAAUUGAAACAUAUGGCUGGUUUAUACUCAUUGGUGGUUUCAUUGUCUUCUUCUUGUACCAGAAAUAUAAUCCUUCGUAUAAACAAUGGCGAAAGAUGAAAGAAGAAUUCAGUGCACAACAGGAGGCGAAGAAACACCCUGACAAAACUUACCAAAUCCAGGUCGCUGUUGAGAAAUCUCGGCAAAAGCUGCAACAGCAAGUUGGAAUUGAUUCACAUAAGAAGAAGUUGAAACAAGAACAGCUUGAAGAAGAAAAGCGACGGCAGAAAAUAGAAGAAUGGGAGAAACACAAGCAAGGAAAGGGAUACCAUUUAAAACGCAAAACUCAGGAGGUCAAGUCUGAAACUGCGAACGAAAAUUUAAAACCUAAGAAAAAACACCAACUGCGUCCUGCAGAUUACAACCCACUAAUGGUAGGGGAUGGAGGUUCUUGCACCUAUCGUCCGGGCCGUAGAAAUGUGUCUGGUGGUGGAUGAGGUUAAGUUCACACAGAGUGUAAAAGUCUCUGUGCCAACAUGCGUAUACGCAGUUGAAAUUGUAGUGUUUAUCUACUACUUGUGACAUUUGGAGAUGAAAUCGUUGUUAUGGCGACGUCCCUAAUUGAUCUUAUAUCUGACGUAUACGCUGCUUUUGUUUAUUUUGUACAUUAAAUAUUUGGGGCAUUCAAGAAGUACGUUUGACUUAAAGGGAAGGGUGAAGAAUGUCAUGUAACAAAUAAGAACAAGGGUUGGAAUCUAGAUUUUUUUCUAUUUUCCUUUAAUACGGUCAUGUGCUACCGUGUUGGUUGAUUUCGGUAGUGGUUGGCUAUAACGAUUGUUUUUCGUUCUGUUUUGUUUAAGGUGUUUAGAAAGUAAUCAUGUCUUCUCGCAGUAGCAUUAUUGCAAAAUGGCGAAUUUUUGAGCAAACGUACUUUCUGAAUGACCCUUUAGAAAUAUGUUUGCAUAAACAAAGUCCUUCUUUUGGUUAAAUUUGUGAGUGCGGAUUUUUUUUAUAAUUCAGUAUUUUUAUACAUGCCAAACGGGUGGCUAAUUAAAAAACAAUGGAUUAUAUUUCUCCUUAUUGUGAUAGUCACGGAUCAAUACGCACAAAAUAAUGAAUUAAAAAAAGUUAAAGAUCAAAAUAGCAAAAAAAUGUUGAACAACAUGUAAAGAACAUUUUUAUUAUUUUAAACUACUGAACGUACUGUGAAAUUUACUUUGUGAGCAAAGAUAUAGAAAGUAAAGUUUCGUGAAUGAAGAUAAAGCCGUUUUAUCAUGCUCACGCUUCUUCUCGAACUUUGAAAUUCAUAAUGGUUGCACAAUUGACGUUACAGAGACCAAAGAAUUAUAGGAUGCCUCCUACGGUGAUAUUCUACUGACUAAAUUGUGUUUAGAAUCCCUUGAUAUGUUCAUGGCAUGUUUCGAAGUAUUAAAUAUUUAUGGUAUAUAGAUGAUUCAGCGUUUGAAAAUCAACACGUUUGUUAAGUAUGGAGUUAUAUAUGGGACAAUAUUUGUGUAUGGUUUUCGUCGCGUCGUAAAUGCUUUUCGUCGUGUCGUAUCUUUCUUCGUGGUGUGGUUUUUGUCGCGUCGUAUUUUUCUUUGUGGGGUGGUUUUACGUUUCGUCGAGUCGUAUUUGUUUUCGUCGCGGCGUAUUUCACUUUGCGGGGUAUUUCACUUUGCGGGGUAUUUCACUUUGCGGCGUAUUUCACUUCAUGGCGUAUUUCACUUCGCGGCGUAUUUUACUUUGUGGCGUAUUUUACUUCGUAGCGAAAAUUUUUAUGCUUUUUUAACACGAAAUUACGAAAUUUGUGUAGCGCUUACAAGAAAUUCAAGUCACAUGAAUAAAGUGCGGUAAAAUAAACAAAAUGUUUGGUGCUAAAAAUUAUAUUCUAUUUUUAAGUAGUUUUACAUUUGUGAUUAUAAAGAAAUAUCAUGUAUUGUGUAAGAAUUUUAUGUAAUAAUUUAUGUUUAUGUAGUUAGUUUACUUGAUAAUAGAUUGUACAGUGUAGCAUGCUAAAAAUGUAUAGCUAGGUAAAUCUAUGGCUAAGAAUGUAUCGUUUAUUAAAACAAAAUGACAAUAAGAAUAGCUAGCCAGUAGGAACACCAAAGCCACUAGAAAGAAAGUGAAAUAUAUUGUGUAAAAGCUUAACAAAAUUAAUAAUUCCGUGUAAAAAAAGCAUAACCAUUUCGCCACAAACUGAAAUACCCCACGAAGUGACAUACGACACGACGAAACAUGAGAUCACAUCACAACAUGAGUAAUACGCCACGACGAAAACCAUUACUAUGCGAAGAAAACCACACCACGAAGAAAUAUACGACGCGACGAAAACUAUUACGAGUCCAAAAAAACCACGCCACGAAAAAAAAUACGACACGACGAAAAGCAUUACGACGCGACGAAAACCAUACACGAAUAUUGUCCCACAUAUAACUCCAUAUGUUAAGUACUGUAAUAAUUAUGUCUUCUUCGGAUGAGUCGGAAUCAAAAUGUUCUAACGAUGUACUGGUCUUCCAGUUUGAGCCUAAACGUAGCGAGGAUUUAUCGGACUCAUCGUGGGUGACAUAUGACAGUGAUAGCGAUGGGGACAUAGCAGAAUUAAGGAUUAACCUUGACGCUGCGUCGUGGUGUAAAUGCAACAAUUGCCGUCAAAUGAGCACUGAAACUGAAUGUUUUUGCUGUCACGAACUGGAAUCAAGACAUAUAUAUAGCCUACAAGGUGUGUACUUUUUAGCGGGAUGUACGUAACAUAUUUGCCCAUGCUGAUUAUUGAGUUUUUAAAAAUAUAUUCUUUGGAAAUAAAA